AUGUUUCCAACCAGAUUUGUCACUGCUGCUGUAUACCUAUCAACUCUCGAAGCAGAGUGCGAAGCUCAUACUACAUGGCUGCAAUCAUUCGCAAGGAAUUUACUCGCAAACAGAUCUACGAAUGCAGACCAUGCAAAACGGAAACGGGCUCCGAGUCCUGAUACAAAUGACGCACCCAAAGUGGACGAUUCGCUUGAUAUUGAUAAAGUAGAACAAGGUGACGAAACAGCGUCCAUUGAUUUGCCAAACAAGAAACGUAAAAUAAGUCAGCAGAAUAAGUCUGCACCAUCCUCGCCACCUGCAUCGUCUGUGGCACCAACGACUAUCGAACAACAUACACCAAAACUCAAACUUCCAGUUACCGAUACAACCAAUGAUACAAACCCCUGCGGUUUUAGUAAUGAUGAUACUAGUAGCAAUAAUGAUGAUGAGAUAUUUGCUGAACCAUCAACGCCACUUGCAUCUCGAGUCCGUAUUGCAGAAGUCGCAACGACGACAACAACAAUGCCAUCUCCCCGUCAACCAAUCGAUGACCCACGGCUAAAAUCAAUAGUGUCGUCGUCAAUUGAAAAUCUACGUAAAGGUCUCACUUCACUAAACGAAAAAAGAAAGACUGCAUUGACGACGGCUGCAGGCCAACUAGCUAAAACUCCUGCCAAGCCCUCUAGAUUCACUCAUGUUACUACCAAUGCUGCUGCUAGUAGUAGUAAUAGCUAUGAAAAUGUUGGUGAUAUUGCAGCAUCACAAACAACGACGAUGGAUGUCGACGAGACAUCGGACAUGGAUGUUGAUUCGGUUGAUUUUGCUAUGCAUGAGAAACCUCUUAUUGAAGAGAAGAACGCUCGUAUAGACGUAGAAAAACAGGAUGAUGCUCCAAUGGUGGAAGUUGAAGAAUUGUUGGUAAUACAAGAACCUGCCCGUGUAGAACAGCAGCCCGCGCCAGAAGAAGAUGAACUAGACGAAGAGCCCGUUAUACUACCGUCAAAGGAGGCCAAUAUCGUGGUUGAAUCUAAACCAGUUAAACGGGAAUCAAAUCAAGUAGUCGUAAUAGAAUGGGACGAAGUCACCUCCGAAGAUCGUCCAGACAUUGCUGAGCAGGAGCCGGUGGAAGAGGAGCCAGUUGAAGACGAUGACGAUGCCGACGUUAUCAUCGUUGAUAUACCAAAGCCAAAGCAACUACCAUUACCUAAGUCUACGAAUAAAAAAGGCAAGACAGUGGAGGUACCCUCGCAUGAAACACAUAGCAAGGCUGCUCACGAAGGAAAAGAUGCCAGUAAAAUCAAAGAACCUGCUGGCUCUCAGUCAAAGGCGACAUACGGUGGUCCCUCCACCUACAAAAAGGAAGCUGCCACUUCAAAGAAGAAUGUCACUACUGACCAAAGAAUCGAACGAGCUCAACAACGUCGAAUCGAAGAUGAGGCCAAACGAGCAGAAGAGGCUAAACGACGUGAAGAAGAAAAGGCUCGUCGUACUGAAAUGAGUGCCAAGAAGGAAGAAGAACCUGUCAAAAAGAAGCAACGAGUAGCAGAGAAGCAGACUCAUAAGACUAAUACAGUAGAGAAGCCUAAGAAACAUAAUCCUGCCAAGGCUCAUGCUGGCGAAUCAAUCAAGGCUUCAGAACCUGCAAAGCCAAUUGAACAGCCAACGCUGGUUGCAGAUUUUACGGAGGUCCCUGCACCCAGGGCUCGUGACGACAAACCAUCUGGAUUGCCAAUGCGAACAGUAGAGCAUGGUGUAGUUUCUUCUGUUAAGGCUGACCGAGUCAAGACGGACUCGGUAGGAUCAACCGAUUCUUCGCAGCCACGCACGAAGGUGCCAGUACCAGAACCUAUAAUAGAUCCACUUGUCAUGAAGACGCCAUUAAUGGGUCUUGUUCCACCAAAACCCUCAAUCCUCAAAUCACCGGCACCAAGUUUGGGUACACUCAACAAGGGCAACAAGAGCGUUGUUCCUGCGGCACUGAACCCGCCGAUUCUCAACCCUAUUUUAGAUUUGGAUGGUAUGACAUCUGUGAACACAGCCAUGAAUGCAGCCAUGAAAGCAGCAGGUGCUAAUAUAAAGGCAGAGAGUGUCAAGAGACCCGACAGUGACAAAUCCAAGAAAAGGUCUGGACCAACUACUAUAGUUGAUGAACAGGGUGAUUUGCCAGAAAUUCCCAGCGAUGAAGAAGACGAGGAUGAUGAUUCUGAAGAUGAUGAACGGGUCAAGCCUGCAAGACCAACUUGGGCAGAGACUCCAAAUCUAAUGGACUCGUUGAAGGAUCAACAAGCUCGAGAUCCAGAUCAGAUAUUUGGUUCAGUGAAGCCUAUUUCUCUCGAAGAGGUUUUCAAAGGUGUGAAGAAAGUACCUAAAUUCCGUCCUCGCUCGUCAUCAGCUAAUUGGUUGGGUGCAGAUGAAUUGACAGCACAAGAAGAGGACUCUUAUAAAGUGAAGAUGGGCUUUGGGCCGUCAUAA